UCCCGUUUCAACGAUGGAACUCACGAUGGAAAACAUUGGAAACAUGCACGGCGUCGCGUCGCACUCCCAAGCGGGGGACUUGAUGAAUUCCUCGCACGGCAGACCGUCGUCGGCUUCCCACCGGAACUUGGUGUCCCACGGGCGCUCGGCGAUGGUGUCCAGCAUGGCUUCGAUUCUGGAGGGCGCCGGUGAGUACCGGAGCGACCCCGCGCUGUCUGGCCACCUGCAUCCGGCCAUGACCAUGUGCGAGUCGGGCAUGAGUUUGUCCAACACCUACACCACCCUCACGCCGCUUCAGCACCUGCCACCCAUCUCCACGGUCUCCGACAAGUUCCACCACGCCCACCCGCACCCGCAUCACCACGCCGCGCACCAGCGCCUCGCCACCGGCAACGUCAGCGGGAGUUUCACCCUCAUGCGGGACGACCGCGGCCUGGCUUCCAUGGGCAACUUAUACGGCCAUUAUCCCAAAGACAUGUCCGGCAUGGGCCAGCCGCUGUCCCCGCUCUCCAACGGCCUCGGUUCUCUGCACAACUCCCAACAAGCGCUGUCCGCGUACGGGCCCGGCGCGCAUCUCCCCAACGACAAGAUGCUCUCUCCGGGCGGCUUCGAGUCCCACGCGGCGAUGCUUUCGCGAAGCGAGGAGCACCUCGCGCGGAGUUUAGGCGGCCACGGGCACGGCAUGAUCUCCAAUCUCAACGGCAUGCACCCUCACAGCCACCUGCACUCGCAGGCGAACGGAUCCAUGCUGGCCGACAGAGAGAGGCACGGCGCCGGGGCCGGGCAGAGCAGCGGCUCGGGGCAGGUGGAGGAGAUCAACACCAAGGAGGUGGCGCAGAGGAUCACGGCCGAGCUGAAGCGGUACAGCAUACCUCAAGCCAUUUUCGCCCAGAGGAUCUUGUGUCGCUCCCAGGGAACACUGUCGGACCUGCUGCGCAACCCGAAGCCCUGGAGUAAACUCAAGUCCGGCCGCGAGACUUUCAGACGCAUGUGGAAAUGGUUACAGGAGCCAGAGUUUCAGAGGAUGUCUGCGCUAAGGCUGGCUGCCUGCAAGAGAAAGGAACAGGAACAGCACAAAGACAGAAACAUGGUCCCCAAGAAGCAGCGUCUGGUCUUCACCGACCUGCAGCGCCGAACACUCAUCGCCAUCUUCAAGGAGAACAAGCGACCCAGCAAAGAGAUGCAGAUCACCAUCUCUCAGCAGCUGGGUCUGGAGCUCUCCACCGUCAGCAACUUCUUCAUGAACGCCCGGCGUCGCUGCGUGGACCGCUGGCAGGACGAGCACGCGGCCAGUCCCGGUCAGCCCGGCACCUCGGCCACCACUUUCUCCAAAGCGUGAGCGCGCCGGACGUGGACGGCGCUGGAGGAUGUCCGGCUGACAGACCAGUGCCAGAUGUACCGCAGCAACAGCUGAUGAUGAUCUACGGUGCCCAUCAAACCUCACAAACCCCUUCCGGGCACGGCGGAUGUGGAUGAGUUUCGUCGAGCUCGUAUUUCAUCUGAAAACGCUUUUAUUUAUUAGCGCGUUUGAUUUAUUUUUUCUCUCAUGGAUAUUUUGGACAUCCCCCCCACCUGUGCUUGAUAUUUGAGCUAAAACAUCUCUCAUCUCAGUCUCUGGAUUAGCGAAGCUAUACGGAAUUUUCUCUCUCUCAUAGAGCAGUGGAAAGAAGGAACGGAAGGCAAUACGUAUUUUAGCACACAACCCUUGGUUUUUGUUCCCUUAUUUGACACAAAUUUCAUACAAAUACUUAUCUAGUUUCAAUCGCUUUUGGUUAUAGAUAUUUUCAGGUGUCUCGCCCUCUCAGUCUGUAUUUUCACUGCCAGUGUGGCGCCUUGUUCUUGCUUCAGCACAAUGAUAAAGGGAUGCAAAGAAUCAAUCAGCCCUCUGUAUUUUCCCCUAAAGAAUCAUUUUACCGUAGGGGUCUUACAGAGCGCUUCUUCUGCACAGAGCAACGGCGCCACCUCCUGGAGAACCCUAUAAACGCACCUUUCGUUUGAGGCUUUAGAUGUCAUGCUGCCUUCAAGUCAGUAUAUAUUUGUUUUUAUUUUAGUUAUUUUGGUACUUCAAGUUAAAGCUGCAGCCUGUAACUUUUGGCGCUCUAGCGGAUAAUAAACAUGCAUCUUGUGGAAGAACAUUGUAGUCGGAGCUACUUGCCCGAUCUAAUGAAAGUGCAUAUUCUGUUUCUAUUUGGAGUGCUAUUUACACGCAAAAAUUACCACUGGCAUGCAUAUGAUACGCACUUUUCGCGUGCAUAUGAUGCGCAAUUUUCGGCGUACAUAAAAUACACCCCUACCCCACACCACUAAUUCUACCAAUUGCAUAUCGUAUGCAUGCAAAUAGUAAUUUAAGCGUAUAAAUAGCACGCCAAAUACUAACAUUAACUCGU